AUGCCAGUUCGUAAGCAAGAGGCCCAUCGAGCAUUAGAACUGCUGGAAGACUACCACAGCAAACUGGUGAAGCCGCAAGACCGACAACUUCGCCUUGCCAUCGAGAGAGUUAUUAGGAUAUUUAAAUCACGUCUGUUUCAAGCUUUACUUGAUAUUCAAGAGUUCUACGAGCUCACACUUCUCGAUGACACCAAGUCAGUUCAGCAAAAGACUGCGGAAACGAUACGUAUCGCGAACAAAUGGGAAGCUGACAACGUUCGACGCGAAAUUCCACACACAGAGGACGGCGACUACCGUAGCGUAUCCAAUGCAUUCCUACAAGAGAACCACAGAAAAUCCGAAUCCCGAAAUGCUACGCCAGAUUCAACGAAGGCUUAUUGUGUCGUUCUACCGACUGGAGAAAUCGAGGAAAAAAAGGCUCACGUCACAUCACCAGAAAUGAAGCAGCCUUUGCAGGUAAAUGGCAUAGAAGGUGGUGGCACAGACCGUACGCAGGGUGAUGAUGGGUACAUGUACAUGACAGUGGUACUCUCGCGUGCGGGGGGAGCGGGGCUUGGCUUCAGCAUCGCAGGAGGGUCUGACAACCCUCAUGUGGCUGAUGACCCACACAUCUAUGUCACAAAACUCAUUCCCGGGGGAGCAGCUGCUGCCAGUCAGUUGCAGAUCAAUGAUGCAAUAUUACAGGUGAAUGACACGAACGUCGAUAAUGUUACGCACGCUGAAGCAGUGGAUGCAUUAAAAAAGGCUGGCAAUACUGUGAGACUGAAAAUACGACGUCGCGCGACAGAAGAUACUUCUAAUGUUUUACAAGUUACGAAGCCCGAGGAAUCCGUAGAGAUCGAGCUGGUGAAAGGUGGCUCAGGUCUCGGGUUCAGUAUAGCGGGGGGUCUCGGCAAUCAACAUAUCCCAGGUGACAAUGGAAUCUACGUGACCAAGAUAAUGGCCGGUGGUGCUGCUCAUAGAGACGGCCGUUUGAGGGUUGGUGAUAAACUGCUAAUGGUCAAGAAUACUUCGCACGGCGACGUGAACCUCGACAACGUGACGCACGAGGACGCGGUGGCGGCGCUGAAGGCCACGGGCGAGCGAGUGCUGCUGGUGCUGGUGCCGGGCCCGCGCCACGGCCAGCCCUCGCCGCGCACCUCGCGAGCCAACACGCCCACGAGAAUGACAAUUGAAAAUACUGAAACAGCGUCAAGCACAGCGAAUUCACUGCGACGUGAAGAUGUGACGGACAGCAACGAGGAGUCGAGGGUGGUGGACUUGGAGAAGGGUCCGCAGGGGUUAGGAUUCAACAUAGUGGGGGGAGAGGACGGACAUGGCAUUUAUGUAUCGUUCCUACUGGCGGGGGGCCCGGCCGAGCGCUCGGGACAGCUCCGCCGCGGCGACAGACUGCUCGCUGUCAAUGACGUAGACAUUACUCACGCUACGCACGAACAAGCCGCUAAAGCUUUGAAGAGUACGGGACAGAAUGUAAAACUAACAGUGGUGUACAGGCCUCAGGAGUACAACAAGUUCGAAGCGCGCAUUAAUGAACUGAAACAACAUCAUACACUACUGAGAACAUCCCAAAAACGAUCCCUCUAUGUUAGAGCAUUGUUCGACUACGAUCCGAUCAGGGACGACGGUUUGCCGUCGAGAGGUCUACCGUUCAGGUACGGCGACAUCUUACACGUGACCAACGCUUCCGACGACGAGUGGUGGCAAGCCAGGCGGCUAGACAAAUCAGAUUCAGACGCGAUCGGUAUCAUCCCAUCGAAGCGGCGGUGGGAGCGCAAGCAGAGAGCUCGAGAUCGUCAGGUCAAGUUCCAGGGACAAGGCACACCAGUUAGCACUAGCCAAUCAACGCUCGAAAGGAAAAAGAAAACGUUGUCGUUCAGCAGAAAGUUCCCAUUUAUGAAGAGUCGAGAGGACGGCAAAUCUGAAGACGGUUCAGACCAAGAACCUUUCAUGCUUUGUUACACGCAGGAGGACGCUAACGCGGACGGGGAAAUCUUGUAUCGAGUGGAACUUCCCAUGAUGGAGGAGAUAACGCUCAUUUAUCUCGAGGACGAGAGUCAAGAUGAAACGGUGCUAUCUUAUGAGACCGUACAACAGUUGACCAUAAGUUACACGCGACCCGUCAUAAUCCUGGGCCCACUCAAGGACAGAAUAAACGACGAUCUUAUAUCUGAGUUCCCUGAGAAAUUCGGCAGCUGUGUGCCUCAUACGACCCGCCCCCGACGCGACUACGAGGUGGACGGUCGAGACUACCACUUCGUAGCGAGCCGGGAGCAGAUGGAGCGCGACAUACAGAACCACUUGUUCAUCGAGGCCGGACAGUACAACGACAACCUGUACGGUACUUCAGUCGCAUCCGUCAGAGAAGUCGCUGAAAAGGGUAAACAUUGCAUUUUGGAUGUAAGCGGUAAUGCAAUCAAGCGAUUACAAGUGGCGCAGUUGUACCCUAUUGCCAUAUUUAUAAAACCAAAGAGCAUAGAGUCUAUAAUGGAAAUGAAUAAACGAAUGACUGAAGAGCAAGCGAAAAAGACAUACGAACGUGCGCUAAAGAUGGAACAAGAAUUCGCUGAAUAUUUCACUGCGGUAGUGACGGGCGACACGCCGGAGGAGAUCUACGCGAAGGUGAAGGCGGUGAUCACGGCGGAGAGCGGGCCCGCCGUCUGGGUUCCGCGUCGCGAGCCGCUGUGA